AUGGAAGGUUUCGAAUUAGAAGGCAUGGGAGAUUAUAGUAAUGAAAUUAUUGAUGAAAACAUAAACAUUCAAGAAAUUAUAGAAAUUAGUGAUUCAGAAUCAAUUGAAAUUGAUAUAAAAAAUGAAUACUCGAAUUCAGAACAUGGAUAA